AUGGCGGAGGGGCCCCGGGGUGCCCCGCCGCCCGGAUCGCCCCGUCCCGCCGCUCCGCUGCCCAACGGGCCCCGCGGCGGCGGCGGCGGCGGCGGCGGCGGCGGCGGCGGCGGCGGCGGCAGCCCCGGCUCGGGCUCGGGCAGCAGCAGCCGCGAGGACUCGGCGGAGCGGAGCCCCGCGCCCGCCGCGCCCCGGGCCAGCAUCAUGAAGGAUGGGUCCCGGCAGCGGCCGCCGCAGAAGAAGAAGACGGUGUCUUUCAGCACGAUGCCCAACGACCGCAAGAUCAACAGCACGGCCGCCUGCAUCUCCUUCAUGCUGGAGGGCUGCGAGCUGAAGAAGGUGCGCUCCAACUCCCGCAUGUACAGCCGCUUCUUCGUGCUAGACGCCGACAUGCGCUCCCUGCGCUGGGAGCCCUCCAAGAAGGACUCGGAGAAGGCCAAGAUCGAGAUCAAGUCGGUCAAAGAGGUUCGUGUGGGCAAGAAGACACCCGUCCUGCGCAGCAAUGGCCUCUCCGACCAGUUCCCGGAUGAAUGCGCCUUCUCCAUCAUCUAUGGAGACAACUACGAGUCUCUGGACCUGGUGGCCGGCUCGGCUGACGUGGUGAGCGCCUGGGUGAUGGGGCUCAGGUACCUGGUGUCCUAUGGGAAGCACACCCCUGAGGCUCCCGGGACCGGCCACCCCAGCCUCAGGACCUCUUGGAUCUCCUCCGUCUUUGACCUGGCUGACCUGGAGAAGUCCGGCCGCAUCCCCGUGUCCCGGGCAGUGCAGCUGAUCAAAGCCCUCAACCCAGGCAUGAAGGCUUCCACCAUCGAGCUGAAGUUCAAGGAGCUGCAGAAGGCCAGCGAGCGUCCCGGUGCGGAGGUGGCCUGCGACCUCUUCGUGGAGGCGUACUGCGAGCUCUGCACCCGCCCCGAGAUCUUCUUCCUGCUGGUGCAGUUCUCCAGCAACAAGGAAUACCUCGGCCUGAAGGACCUGCUGAUGUUCCUGGAAGUGGAGCAAGGCAUGGAAGGGGUGACGGAGGAGAAGUGCUUGGAGAUCGUCAGCAAGUACGAGCCCUCCAAGGAAGGCCGGGAGAAGGGCUACCUGGCCAUCGACGGCUUCACGCGCUACCUGCUCUCUGCCGACUGCUCCAUCUUCGACCCGCAGCACCGCAAGGUGUGCCAGGACAUGGCUCAGCCCCUCUCCCACUACUACAUCAGCUCUGCCCACAGCGCCUGCCUGCUGGAGGACAACUUCUGGGGCCGCUCGGACAUCAGCGGCUACAUCGGCGCCCUGGGCUUGGGCUGCCGCAGCAUCGAGCUGGUGCUGUGGGACGGCCCCGAGGGUGAGCCCGUGGUCUACACCAGCCCCUCGGCCUCUUCCUGCGUGCCCUUCCGCACCGUGGUGGGGCUGAUAGACCAGCACGCCUUCGCCGCCUCCGCCUACCCUCUCAUCCUCUGCCUGGUCGUGCGCUGCUCGGCUCCCCAGCAACGCCUCGCUGCCCAGUGCCUGCGCAAGACGCUGGGGGAGAAGCUGUACCUGGACCCCCCCAACCCCACCGCGUCCUAUUUGCCCUCCCCGGAGCAGCUCAAGGGCCGAAUCCUCAUCAAAGGCAAGAAGCUGCCCGCUGGCUGUGAGGACAGCGAGGGGGAGGUGUCGGAUGAGGAGGAAGGCUGGGAGCUGGCCCGGCGGCUGGGGCAGGACGACGGCGAGUCGCCGGAGGGAGGUGGCCCGAGGCGGGUGCGCCUCAGCCGGGAGCUGUCGGAGCUGGUGAGCCUGUGCCAGGCUGUCCCUUUCCAGGACUUUGAAAGCUCGAGGCGCGGGCAGCGCUACUGGGAGAUGUGCUCCUUCAGCGAGGUGGAGGCGGGACGCUUCGCCAACGAGUGCCCGGCCGAGCUGGUGAGCUACAACAAGCGGUUCCUCUCCCGCGUCUACCCCAGCCCCAUGCGCAUCGACGCCAGCAACAUGAACCCCCAGGACUUCUGGAAGUGCGGCUGCCAGAUGGUGGCCAUGAACUACCAGACGCCGGGGCUCAUGAUGGACCUGAACACGGGCUGGUUCCGGCAGAACGGGGCCUGUGGCUAUGUCCUCCGCCCCGCCAUCAUGCGGGAAGAGGUCUCCUACUUCAGUGCCAACGCCAAGGACUCGUUGCCCGGGGUGCCCGCGCAGCUCCUGCACCUCAAGGUCAUCAGCGGGCAGAACUUGCCCAAGCCCAAAGGCUCAGGAGCCAAAGGGGAGGUGGUGGAGCCCUACGUCUGCGCCGAGAUCCACGGCAUCCCGGCCGACUGCGCCGAGCACCGCACCAAGACGGCUCUGCAGAGCGGGGACAACCCCAUCUUCGACGAGAGCCUCGAGUUCCAGAUCAACCUUCCGGAGCUGGCCGUCCUGCGCUUCGUCGUGCUGGACGACGACUACAUCGGGGACGAGUUCAUCGCCCAGUACACCAUCCCCUUCGAGUGCCUGCAGCCCGGUUACCGACACAUCCCCCUCCAGUCCCUGUCCGGGGAGCCCCUGCCCCACGCCACCCUCUUCGUGCACGUGGCCAUCACCGACCGCCGCGGCGGGGGCAAGGGGCAUCGGCGGGGGCUGGCGGGGCGCCGGGGCCGCCGGGUGCGGGAGUACACCUCCACCAAAGCCACUGGCAUCAAGGCCAUCGAUGAAGUCUUUCGGACGGCCACGCAGCCGCUGCGGGAGGCCACCGACCUGCGGGAGAACGUGCAGAACGCGCUGGUUUCCUUCAAGGAGCUGUGUGGGCUGACGCCCGCCGCCAACAUGAAGCAGUGCAUCCUGACAGUAGCUGCGUGGCUGCUGCACAGUGACAGCACACCCAGUGUCACCCUCAACCUGGCAGAGAAGUACCCUCCCAUGGAAGCCCAGGGCCCCAUCCCGGACCUGCUGCGCAAGGUCCUCACCGCCUACGAGACAAUGAUCCAGACCAGCCGCACGCUGAUCGAAUCCGCUGACGUGGUGUACGGCAAACUCAUCCAGGCGCAGCAGGCAGGGAUGGACUUCCACAAGGAGCUGCACCGCAUCGAGGCCAAGGAGGGGCUGCGGGGCCACAAGCUGCAGAAGGCGCUGGAGAGCUUUGCCUGGAACAUCACCGUGCUGAAGGGCCAGGCUGAUCUGCUCAAACACGCCAAGGCCGAGGCGCUGGACAACCUGUGGCAGAUCCACAACGCGGGACAGUCCUGCGGCAUCGGCAGGAACGGCUCAGCCUCGCCGGAGCCCUCCCGGCUGCGGGCCCCGCUGGAGCCCAUCCCUGAAACAGAGGGAGGUGGUGAUGUGGCAUCCUGCUGACCCUGGCCUGCGGCUCUGGGGGCUGGACUGAGCAUCCCCCCAGCCACAGGGGCCAGGGAGCCUCAGCCACCUGCCCGCAGGGCUCAGGGUGCAUGGAGGGAUCCGUUUAGGGCUGGGUGCCUGCUCUUUGCCAUGCCAUGGACUGCAGCAGGGCCCAGUGGGAAGGUUGGGAAGGGCUGUACCCACCCCUGCUUUUCUCCUCCAUGAGCUCCCUGGGCCUCAUCCAUCCCCCCAUUCACUUAGGGAGCACAUGCCCUGCUGUGGGGCCAACGGGGAUCCUGGCACCCCGGUGUCUGUGUGCAUGUACCCCCAGCCUGACUGUGUAACACCAGCCCCAGGUCUGGGCUCCAGGCUAUGCCAGACUGUGGAAAACCAGCCCCAGGUCUGGGAUCCUCUCCCUGUCCAGGGCUGCUGGUUUUACCUUUCCCAGCCCUGGAAAAAACCUGCCUGGCAGGAAGGGUCCUGACUGGUCACUGUUCCCUCUCUGCAAAGCAUUGGGUCCCUUUCCAUCUCUGGGCCCCUGCUGUGCAGAGAGGCCAGGAGGGUCUGGGGUGCAGCAGGCAGGGGGCUGAGGGUCCACUGCAGACCAGCCUGGCCAGCAGAUGUGGUUUCUAGCAGUAGAGAAGUGUCCAGAUUCGCACCUCAGGGCGAGGGGCUCCCUGUGCCAGCAAUGUGCGAGAGGCAGUCUGGGGUGAGACUGGAGCUGUGGAGCAUUAUCAAGAGUGCAAGACCCUCCCUGUUGCCCUGCUGCUCUGCUCACACACCUGGCACAGGGUUGUGGCAGGAUGGGACCACCAAAGGAGCUGGGAGCCAGCACAGGAUACGGCAGCUCUGGUGACACCAUCCCUCCCCCAGCACCAGCCGAGCGCAGGAUGAUGUCUCCCCACAUCAGGGAGCCGUGUGGCUGCCCAGCACCCCUUUGUUUGGAGAGGUAAUUAGCCUAACAGGGCCAUGAGAAGCGGACACGCUUCCCCAGCGCUGACCUUCAGCCCCUUUUGUGCCAGCCUGGCCACAGGACCCUCUGGCAAUUACGGCCUCAUUAGUGCCACGCUGCUGGGCCGCCGUGCCCAGCCCGGUGAGCACCUGCACAAUGAGGAGCUGCAAAUGAGGGGAAAGGCUUGGCUGGUCUCCGGGCUACCGGCCACCACGUCUCCCAGACACCGGCUCUGCUCCUGCCUGGCCCCAGGGAUAUUUUUGGCAGUGCUAUUGUGCUGGGCCCUAUAAAGCCCUGGCUGUGGUGGGCGGCGCAGGGCGCUGGCUCUCGGCUGCCCGGCGGGACAUGCCCCAGUGCCGCUCGGCUGCCUGAAGACCCCUGGAAGGAUGGAGGUGCCCAACGCCAAGGUGGGGCUAUGGAGGUGGGAGGGCAGCUAUGGGGAUAAGGUGGGCAUGUGGGGUAGGGGAGGACCUGGCUGGUUCCUUGGGAAGCCUCGAGCACGUGGCUCCUCCCCAGGGCUCCCAAGUUGUGGUCAGCAAGCAGGGGGACUCAGCCUCACGUGGGCUCACCAGGAGGGGGCUGGGCAUGUGGUGCCCAUGGCAUCAAGCAUGGAUGCUCUCACUGCUCAUCCC